UAUCUGUAUACUGAGAAGUAAAAAUUUUAACCCAUUUCCGUCAUUUGGGAAUCCUGCAGCAGAAGACAACAUGGCGGGCUUGUGUCGGUCAGCUCUCAACCUUCUGCGGUCAUCAGGAGCCCGCCAGCUCAGCACUGAUGUCAGGACCGUCACACUGAUCCCAGGCGAUGGCAUUGGCCCGGAGAUUUCCGCAGCUGUGCAGAAAAUCUUCUCUGCAGCUGAGGUUCCCAUUGCGUGGGAGGAGGUGGAUGUUACACCUGUGAAGGGACCAGAUGGCAAGUUUGGCAUCCCUCCAGCAGCCAUUGAGUCUGUCAACCGCAAUGGUAUUGGACUGAAGGGACCCCUCAUGACUCCUGUGGGCAAGGGCCAUCGCUCUCUCAACCUGGCCAUCCGCAAGGAGUUCAAUCUGUACGCCAACGUGAGGCCAUGCCGCAGCGUGGAGGGCUACGAGACACUCUAUCGGGACGUGGACGUGGUGACCAUCCGAGAGAACACAGAGGGAGAGUAUUCAGGCAUAGAACACGAGAUUGUCGAUGGUGUGGUGCAGAGCAUCAAGCUGAUCACAGAGCCAGCUUCCCGUAGGGUGGCUGAGUAUGCCUUCCAGUAUGCUCGCAGCAAUGGCAGAUCCAAGGUGACAGCAGUGCACAAGGCCAACAUCAUGCGCAUGUCAGAUGGACUCUUCCUUCGAUGUUGCCGAGAGACUGCUGAGAAAAAUCCAGACAUCAAGUUUGAGGAGAAGUACUUGGAUACAGUGUGCCUCAACAUGGUGCAAGAUCCCUCUCAAUAUGAUGUGUUGGUCAUGCCCAACCUCUAUGGAGACAUCCUCUCUGAUCUCUGUGCUGGCCUGGUAGGGGGCCUAGGCCUCACACCCUCAGGUAACAUAGGGGAGGGUGGUGCUGUGUUUGAGUCUGUCCAUGGCACUGCUCCAGAUAUUGCUGGUCUGGACAAGGCCAAUCCCACAGCCCUCCUCCUGUCAGCGGUGAUGAUGCUGCGCUACAUGGAUAUGCACAAACACGCCUCUGUCAUUGAGCAGGCCUGCUUCGAGACCAUCAAGGAGGGUAACUUCCGCACUGGUGACCUCGGUGGAUCCGCUAAGUGUUCUGAGUUCACUGAUGAAAUUUGCCGUAAGAUUUCCGACUCGUAAUAUUAGUCUUCCAGUUUCAGUAUGUAAAUGGAGAGGUAAAUAAGAUUAUCAGAUCUGUAGUACUUAAAUAUUUAGAUAAAUUGAAAAUGCAGAAUUCAGGCACAAGUUAGCUACUGCAAUAUUUCACUUUGUGCUCUUAGUUAUUCUUUUGUUAACUAGAUUUCAUUACCGCUUGAUAAGAAAAUGCUGUGGUACUUGUUGAGCAGCCACAAUGAUCUCAUGAAAGUAAAAAGAUAAAAAAGUUUGAACAAAAAAAAUUAGCAUUUUAUCAUAGUAUUGAAAAGACAAAAAAAGUUAGUCAGUAGCAAGGAAGAAAACAUACUAAUAAAGAUAAGAAAAUAAACUUAAUGUUGAUCAUUAUAUUGAAAAGUUUUGUUAAUAGAAGAUAGAGAUUUUCUUAAUCAAAAUGUCAAAUUGUAGCAGUUUACUGUAAACUAUCUACCUAAUUUAAAUGUUUUGUAUAUAGUGAAUGAAAUGUCUGUUAAUAUUCUGUACAUAAAUAAACGUUGUUGUAUCUA